AUAUUUGCUGAUAAAACAUAACCCAAAGAAAAUAGAAAAAUGAGUAAUGAGAAAGAAAAUGGAGAAGAAGAGGCACAAGCAGAAGUCGAAAUGUGGAAUUACAUAUUCGGAUUUACGAAUAUGGCAGUGGUGAAGUGUGCUAUUGAGCUCGGAAUUUCGGACGCCGUAGAAAAUCAUAAAGAACCCGUAACUCUCUCCGAAUUAUCGUCAACUCUCGAGUGCGAUCCACCCGCUCUUUAUAGCAUCAUGAGGUUCUUGGUGCAUAACAAAAUCUUCAAAGAGAGCCCCACCCACAAAGGCGCGACGGGCUACGCCCACACGCCGCUCUCCCGCCGUUUACUGGGCCGCGGAGAAAGCAGCAUGAAAGCUUUCUUACUUCUAGAGAGCAGUCAGGUAAUGCUAUCCCCAUGGAACUUUCUAAGUAGUCGCGUUCGCGCGAACGGGAGAGCGGCUUUUGAGGCCGCUAACGGUGACGAUGUGUGGAAAUUUGCAGCAGAAAAUACUGAUCACUGCAGGCUAAUCGAUGAUGGGAUGGCUUGUAACGCAAGAAAUGUUGUGGGUAAAAUUAUUGAGAAGUGUCGAGAGGUGUUUGAUGGUGUUCAUAGUUUGGUUGAUGUGGGUGGUGGUAAUGGGACUGCUAUAGGGAUGUUGGUUAAGGCGUUUCCAUGGAUUGAUGGCAUUAAUUUUGAUGUGGCUCAUGUUAUCUCGGCUGCUAAAGAAUGUGAUGGUGUUACUCAGGUUGCUGGUGACAUGUUUGAGUGUGUUCCAAAAGCUGAUGCGGCUUUCUUCAUGUGGGUUCUGCAUGAUUGGGAUGACGAAGAAUGCAUCCAAAUAUUAAAGAAAUGCAAGGAAGCAAUUUCAGAAAGCAAUGGGAAGGUGAUAAUUGUUGAUCAAGUGAUCGGCGAUGUAAAAAAUGAUAAGUUUGAGUUCGUUAGGUUAAUGUUAGACAUGGUCAUGAUGGCUCAUACUGUCAAGGGCAAAGAACGAACCGCAAAGGAAUGGGAAUAUGUACUUCAAAAGGCUGGUUUUAGCUCCCAUACUAUCAAAUACUUUGGUGCUGUGCCAUCUAUUAUUGAAGCCUUCCCUUGAUUUUUAGCUUGAUUUUCUUCUGUUUUUUUUGUUGUUGUUUGUAUAAUAAAUUUGUGGUUCAGUGUGUUCCUAAUUUAAAGUUUCUUAAACUGUACUCUAAUGAUUUCAUUUAUGUAAUAUGAAUAGUUCUGAAGCUGGUUAA